AGGUCAUUUCCCGGAAAAUCUAAGAUGGCGGCAAGCAGCAGUAAUUUAAACAGUUAAAAUUUACUCUGAAGACGGACGGCUUCCAUGGUACAACCUGAACACUUCAACCAAUGAUUAGUAACUGUGCCAAAAUGGAUCAGGAUGAUGAACUGUUUUCUUCCAUCCUCAGUUUGUGUGAGGCUGAGGAUCGACCAUCUGAUGAGGCUAGUGAUGAAGAAUCCAAUGAAGCUGUUGUAGGUGGGUCCAGGAUCAGUAAAGAAACUUCCAUAUCCUUGUCACCAAUUAAACAUGCUACUCCUUUGAAGAUAUCUGAUGCUUUGAAGAAUAAGAACAAAUCAUUUACAGACAAGUUCACUCCCAAGGGUAAAUCUGGUCUGGACCUGUUCAAAAGCAUGCUGCUCCAACACAGGAAUACUAGCACUCCACUAAUGGACCGUUGGAGUUUACAUAAAUCUGGACAGUCGAGAGAAGGCAAGCGCAGGCAUGAUGUCGACAUGAUCAGCUCAAAUCUUGAAACCAUAUCGGAGCAAGAUUCGUCUUCAGAUGACGAAAAGACGCUACGUUGCGAUGAGGAUGCAGACAAGACAUACGAUGAUCUCCUGCAGGAUCUGAGUGUUCUUUGUGAAAAGGAACUAACAGAGAGAUGGGAAAAGGUCAAGGUUGAACCGCCAGAAAACAAGAUAAAGGCUGAACACCAGAUCAGUCGCAUCAAUCUGGACAGUAUAUUACUAGAGACUUCCUCAGUGGCUGGUGCUAACAGGAAACACCACACAACCAAGGAAGCAGAAGCAACCAGCUCUGCUCAGGCAGAACCAGGUAGGUUUACAGGGGUGAACACCACCACACAGUCCUCAGUACUGGCUACGGAGGACAACGACAGCUUUGAGGAAGCAGAUGACAUUCUUGGGCUUGAUGACUUCCUCGGCAGUGAUGAGGAAGACAACGAUUACGACAGUUUGUUAGAGGAAAGUAUCUUUCAGGAUGAUGAUACUACUGUUGUUCAUGGAUCCGUUUCAACCAUUCUGUCCAGCACAACACAUGCAUCCUCCACUGUACACAGGACAGACUCCGUUCAAAAGAUCCCUACCUACAAAAGUAUGAUUAGCACAACUGCUACUAGUUGCACGGACUCGAUUUGCGAGUCAAGCGUGUACACUUCUUCGUUUAUUGCAAUCAAAAUACGACUAAAUCUCUUUCUGUUGAUGAUAGUAAUAAAAGUAUUAGUUCCAUUCCCAAAACAAUCUGAAAGUAUUUUGACAAGUACUGUUAAUACUGAUAACACACUUCUACUUCCAAUUUCUGCUUCUGAAAAUACUUCUAUUUACACAUCAGUUUCUGCUUUUGAGAAAAGUUCACAACUCAUGCUCAAGACGAUCUCAAUAUAUGAAAAUAGCUCCAAUUCUACUUGCCCUACUGUAAAGGCUCUGGACACUUAUUGUGAGGAAUUAUCCAAAGAUGAGAACGGAAGUAGGGAUCAAACGAUGAAGGAGGAACAGGAAGUUGUUCCUGAGUCGGACAGAUUGAGCCAAGAGGACGAGUUUACAUUGGACCUUACCAAAGAUAGUGAUGAGAUGGAUGAGUUUUUACAAAUGGAAGGUUUUCAAGUGAUAGAUGAUUUGAAGGAUGUACAGAAAAGGAAAAAUGAAAGUCAGGUGACAGAAAAGCAGAAACAUCUGGUAUCCAAGUGUUCUGCAACUGGUGGUACAGAAACUGGAAAUACGAUGGAGCCUGAUUGUGUGAUUCUGGAAAAUAAAAUUCAAGGUAUAUCUCCCGAGGUGCAGAAAAAAGGUCGUGCUCAAGAAAUACCUAAAGGAAAAGAUUCUUGUAGACCUGAUACAACCAAUAGUAAUGAUGUGUUAGCUGAGGAAAAGGUGAAAAGUGGGAGUGAUUUGUCAUUAACAGCAGUCAAAAGUAUUGUUAAUAAGGUUGUUGCGUGGCAAGCUAGCUGUAGUGAACACCAUCACAAUGAUGAAAAGCAGAUUAACCAAGGCAGUCAUGUCUCUGGUCAACAGAGUGUCCCACAUCCAAACACUCCGCAGGAUCGCAAAUCACUGCCGCAAGUUCAUGUUCACCCUUUUAAAUUUCAAUCUGACAUUGAGUCGUCUCCAGUACCAUCAGGUAAAACACAAACUCCUCACAAAACAUCAUCAACUGGGAAAACCUGCAAGAUUAAUGUUACUGAAACUCCUGGAGUGUCAUCACUCAGUUCUAGUACAAACAAAACAAAGCCAGCCGGUACAGUAGUGGAGAACAACAAUGUGGACAACGUGGUCGACAAAAACAUGAACAUCGUUACACCAGCCUUGUAUCACGACUAUGAAGCAGAGCGCCGCUUCAUCCAAGGGGAAAACAGUCUGAUGAAACAGGUGAUGCAUAAAUGGGGAAGUCUGGGUAUUCAAACCCCAGAUACCAAUCUGUCUUUCAGUAACAGGUUAAAGAAAACCAAUCCCAACCAUCAGAGUAGACUGGAGGGUCAGAAGAUCUCUACUCUAUGGUUGGGCAGUACUGACAAAUGCCACAGCAAAGAGGCAAAACGCUUCCGGUCGGAUAUUCAUUCCCAGCUGAACAACAUCAACAACUUGAAACAGCAACUACAGGACAUUAACAGGCGAGUGAGAGAAGAGAUUGAUCAGACGAUUUAUGAUUUUGGUGAGAAACAAAACUCACUGGAUCAUGUGUUUGUACAGAGGAAACACGCUUUAAACGCACAGCAACAGUUGGAGCUCUGUCAGACCCGUCGCCAUAUCAAUCCUCACAUGCUGCAGUGUCAGCUGCUUCAGCUGCGUUGUGAACAUCAACACCAGCGUGACCAGCUGACCUACAUCUUCAACACGGAAAUGAACCAGUUGAAGAAUGACCACCAGGAGCACAUUCACAUGAUCCGUAGUCGCUUUGAGCAGCGUGCCCAUCAACUCAAGUCUUUCAUUGAACAGCUGGCGAACGUGGAGUCGACCCAGACUGACCCACAGUUUGGUCCGCAUGUGGUUACUCACUUGGUCAAGGGGCCAUGUCGCUCCAACAACAACAAGUCAUCCAUGGUGACUGUCUGUCUCCCUGCUGACAUAGCCACGGCCAUCAUCAAAGAGGAUGAAAUCUAUGAUAUAUACUAUGUUCAUCCAAAGCGCUAGAUAUACUGGUAGCUAUAUAGGUGGUUGUGAAGUGUACUUUACUGACAAAGAACAGUUUCCUUAUCUUGGUGUUUUUGGACAUGGAACCGUUAUGUGUCAAAAGUUUUAGCGGAUGUUCUUGUUCCAAACUUCAUGCACACGUACAUGUUACAGAUAUUAUUUAGUGCAAAAUCAACUACUUUUUGUGCUUUCUUGUGAAAAUUUAUGCCUCUAUCCUAAAGGAGAGUAUAUCUAUUGAGUAAGACAUUGUAGCUCCUGGUUGAGAUAUGAUUAUAUUGAAUAACAUUUCACAUAUAGAUAACUUUAUAGAAUAUUACUUGAACAAAGAUGUGUAGUUUUAUAAGAAACUGGAGUUGUCAUUGACAGGUACAUACUUCAAUCAUUUCGACUGACAGACUACUACCAGAUCUGUCUCCGAGUUACAGUUUUUACAGCAGAACCUCUCUGCAAAGUGAGAUGUAUUUAUGGUGAUGGUGAAACCUGUGUAUUCCGACACCCCCAACAUAUGGAUAAGAAUAGCGGAAUGUCGGAUUAUACAACGUCAAAAUACUCGGGAGUUAAUUUCAUUCUAAUGUCACACUAGUGACUUCAUGUUUUCUUUGUUUUAUACGACUGUCGUCCAAAAGUUCUGUUACACUGGGAAUGUUUAAAUCGAAUAGCUAGCCAACAAAAUUUGAGAAAAAGUGUUGUAAUAUCCGUAAGAUAGUCCAUUUGUAAGUGACGUUUGCAAAUUAUUUGAAAAAUAUCUCACUUCUUUGAAGUUGCAGGGGGCGGGAAUGGAGGGUCCUAUUUUCCAUAAUGUUAAAAAAUGAA